AUGUCUGAAUGUUUAUCGUCAAACCAAUGCGAAAGUCUACUACUUCCAUUGGAAGAUGGUCACAUGACCAUUGUCUUUGCCAACGCUGUCGUCUCAGCUUUCAUCGGAGUAUUUGGCUUCCUGCUCAACCUCAUCAACAUCGCCGUCUUCGUCACAAUGGGUUUUACAGAGUUCACCAACGUCUCACUGCUCAGCCUCUCAGUGGCGGAUGCCGGGGCGCUCCUGUUUCUCUGUGGAAGUGUGUUCUUGUUCGGCCCACUGACUUCUCAAUUAAACAGCAUUGACUUUGUUGCCUAUCUAGCUGUCUCCACCCCUCACGUGUAUUUCUUGGAGAUUUCUGGAAUCUGUACUGUCCUGCUGGCACUGGAGCGCCUCAUCUGCAUCGCCGUACCUCACCGUGUUAAAAGUUUAAUGACGCCAAAGAGGGCUGCUACGGUAAACCUUCUAAUUCUUAUGUUCAUAUCAGCGAAUAAGUUGCUUGUCUAUGUUGGUUACCUAGUAAUUGAAAACAAUAAAAACAAUGAAACAGAGACGGUCUUUGGCCAAAUAUCACUAUUUCAAACAUUUGACAAUGUAUCGACCUGGAUCGACACUGUCGCACAACUGACAACAUUUCCGGCUAUAGUCUGUGUUACAGGGGCGACUAUUCGUGUAUUUAACAAGGCAGUCAAGUGGAGGCGUCUGGUUUCUCCCCUUGGUAAAGGCCGAGUGAUUUCAAACAAAGAGAGAAAACUCUCCCAAAUGGUGCUUCUCAUUUCUACACUGUACAUUGUGUGCCUGAUGCCAGACUUCUGCGCCACGCUGGUUAUGCUAACGUUCGACGAGUUCAACAUGAGAGGUGCCUACAGAUAUAUCCUCAUGUCCUUAUUUUCUGUACUCUACAACGUGGACGCCAUCAAUUCAACGGUGCCUUUCUUUAUCUACUUCCACAUGAGCACAAAGUUUAGAAAAACUCUCAAGUCUUUGUUUCUUUGGACUAAGAAGGAAACAGAAUCUGAAGACAGCAUGAAGAACCGAACAUUCAAAACCUCAGGGACUUAA